ACCUAACUAGGAAGGAACAGCUGAUUUAAAUUAUAUUUGCAAGUUUGGAAAUUAUCGCCGGUAACAUUCAUGUUUACCAAUCAAUGUAUAUGUUAUUGUAUAUAUUGACAAACAUUUUCUACAAUGGCAAGUAAAACAAUGAUUAAUUUAAGUAGAAUGUCCAAAAUAUUUCAACCUAUGGCAACUGAAUUAUCCGAUACUGGAGACAAAACAGAAAUAUCUCGAAGUCAUAAGUUAAUGAUUAAGUAUGGAAUUAUUAAACCAUGUAAUGUUGGCAUGUAUGCACUAUUGCCAUUGGGAAUGCGAGUCUUAAAUAAGCUUAUAAAUCUUGUGGAUAAAGAAAUGACAAAUCUUGGUGCAGAAAAGAUAUUACUUCCAGCAUUAACUUCUACCUCGCUAUGGAAAAAAACUAACAGAUAUGACUCUAAUAAAAACGAAUUAUUUACAAUUAAAGAUAGGCAUGAGAAAGAAUACAUAUUAAGCCCAACAUAUGAAGAAGCUAUCUGUGACUUAAUAUCAUCAACAGGAUCUCUUUCAACUAAAUUAUUACCUUUGAGGUUAUAUCAAAUUUCUAGCAAAUGGCGAGACGAAAUGAAACCACGGCUUGGUUUUCUACGAAGCAGAGAAUUUAUUAUGAAAGACUUGUAUACAUUUGAUACUAAUUUGGAUAAUGCACAAUAUACAUAUGAUCUAGUUUGCGAGUCUUACAAUAAUAUUUUUAAACAGAUUGGUAUAAAAUAUGAAAAAGUCAUAGGAGAUGUAGGAACAAUUGGAGGCUUAAUAUCACAUGAAUAUCAUUAUAUAUCUAAUAUUGGCGAAGAUGUUAUACUUCAGUGUCCUUCAUGCUAUUUUUCUAUUAAUCAAACUAUUUCUAAGACGACAAAUUGCCCACAGUGUAAAAACGAAUUACAGCGACAUAUUGCUGCUGAGAUAGGGCACACAUUUUUAUUAAAUAUUAAAUAUUCACAACCAUUAAAAGCAAUGUAUGUGGAGCAAAAUGAAUUGAAACCUGUGGUAAUGGGUUGUUUUGGUCUAGGAUUAAGUCGUAUCAUUAUGUUAACUAUUGAAAUUUUAUCCACAAUUAAUGAGAUAAGAUGGCCAGUGAAAUUAGCACCAUAUACAGUAUGCAUUAUACCACCAAAGGCUGGUAGUAAAGAAGAAAACUCAUCUAAAUAUAUCGAGCAAUUGUCUGAAAUUCUCUGCAAACGCGAUAUCGAUACAGUAUUGGAUGAUCGUACACAUUUAACGAUUGGAAAACGAUUUGUACUUGCUCGUGCAUUAGGCUUUCCUUAUAUAAUUAUUAUUGGCAAAGCUUCAACUAGAUCGAUACCUUCAUUCGAAGUUCAUGAUAUAAACAAUUCAGUUACUAAUGAAUUAUCAUUGGAACAAAUAAAUCAUUAUUUUGACAAUAUAAAUUUUAAAUAGACAUUUAAAGAAGACAUGUAC